AUGGCCGAACAGCCACAAGAAUCAUCAGACAAAAAUGUCGAAAUAUGGAAAAUUAAAAAAUUAAUUAAAAGUUUAGAAGCAGCUAGAGGCAAUGGCACAAGUAUGAUAUCAUUAAUUAUUCCACCUCGUGAUCAAAUACCACGUAUAGCUAAAAUGCUCGCAGAUGAAUACGGUACAGCAUCCAAUAUCAAAUCACGUGUUAAUCGAUUAUCUGUCCUUUCUGCCAUUACUUCAGUACAAGCUCGACUUAAACUUUAUAAUAAAGUACCAAACAAUGGACUUGUUAUCUAUUGUGGUACAAUAGUAACAGAUGAUGGUAAAGAAAAAAAAGUUAACAUUGACUUCGAACCUUUUAAACCAAUCAAUACUUCACUUUACCUAUGUGACAAUAAAUUUCAUACUGAAGUAUGUUUUCAAACAAUGAUAUAA